GCUUACCGCCCGAGGAGGCGCGGGUGUCCCCCGCUUGCCAGCGCGCUGUUGCGGCCCCGAAACUUCUGCGCGCAGCCUAAACUAAGCCCACGCGAAGUGACGGACUGUUCUAUGACUGCAAAGAUGGAAACGACCUUCUACGACGAUGCCCUCAACGCCUCGUUCCUCCAGUCUGAGAGCGGCGCCUACGGCUACAGUAACCCCAAGAUUCUGAAGCAGAGCAUGACCCUGAAUCUGGCCGACCCGGUGGGCAGCCUGAAGCCGCACCUCCGGGCCAAGAACUCCGACCUCCUCACCUCGCCCGACGUGGGGCUUCUCAAGCUGGCGUCGCCCGAGCUGGAGCGCCUGAUCAUACAGUCCAGCAACGGGCAUAUCACCACCACGCCGACCCCCACCCAGUUCCUGUGCCCCAAGAACGUGACGGACGAGCAGGAGGGAUUCGCCGAGGGCUUCGUGCGCGCCCUGGCCGAACUGCACAGCCAGAACACGCUGCCCAGCGUCACGUCGGCGGCGCAGCCGGUCAGCGGGGCGGGCCUGGUGGCCUCGGUGGCGGGUGGCAGCGGCAGCGGCGGCUUCAGCGCCAGCCUGCACAGCGAGCCGCCGGUCUACGCCAACCUCAGCAACUUCAACCCCGGCGCGCUGAGCAGCGGCGGCGGGGCGCCCUCCUACGGCGCGGCCGGCCUGGCCUUUCCCGCGCAGCCCCAGCAGCAGCAGCAGCAACCGCCGCAGCCGCCACACCACCUGCCCCAGCAGAUCCCGGUGCAGCACCCGCGGCUGCAGGCCCUGAAGGAGGAGCCGCAGACGGUGCCCGAGAUGCCCGGGGAAACGCCGCCCCUGUCCCCCAUCGACAUGGAGUCCCAGGAGCGGAUCAAGGCGGAGAGGAAGCGCAUGAGGAACCGCAUCGCUGCCUCCAAGUGCCGGAAAAGGAAGCUGGAGAGGAUCGCGCGGCUGGAGGAAAAAGUGAAAACCUUGAAAGCGCAGAACUCGGAGCUGGCGUCCACGGCCAAUAUGCUCAGGGAACAGGUGGCCCAGCUUAAACAGAAAGUCAUGAACCACGUUAACAGCGGGUGCCAACUCAUGCUAACGCAGCAGUUGCAAACGUUUUGAGGCGAGACUGUCGGGGGCUGAGGGGCAACGGAGAAAAAUUAUAAAUAACACAGAGAGACAGAUUUGAGAACUUGACAAGUUGCGAGAGAGAAACAGAGAAAAAAAAAAGUGUCCGAGGACUAAAGCCAAGGGUAUCCAAGUUGGACUGGGUUGCGUCCUGACGGCGCCCCCGGUGUGCACGAGUGGGAAGGACUUGGCGCGCCCUCCCUUGGCAAGGAGCCAGGGAGCGGCCGCUCGCGGGCUGCCCCGCUUUGCGGAGGGGCUGUCCCCGCGCAAACAGAACGUUAGACUUUUCUUUAACAUUGACCAAGAACUGCAUGGACCUAACAUUCGAUCUCAUUCAGUAUUAAAGGGGUGGGGUGGGGGAGGGGGUUGCAAACUGCAAUAGAGACUGUAGAUCGCUUCUGUAGUACUCCUUAAGAACACAAAGGGGGUGGGGGAGGGGAGGCGGGAGGGAGGUUUGUGAGAGCGAGGCGCAGCCUGCAGAUGAGCUCUUUCUGGCCUGCCUUCCGUAACUGUGUAUGUACAUAUAUAUAUUUUUUAAUUUGAUGAAAGCUGAUUACUGUCAAUAAACAGCUUCAUGCCUUUGUAAGUUAUUUCAUGUUUGUUUGUUUGGGUGUCCUGCCCAGCCUUGUUUGUAAAUAAGAGAUUUGGAGCACUCUGAGUUUACCAUUUGUAAUAAAGUAUAUAAUUUUUUUAUGUUUUGUUUCUGAAAAUUCCAGAAAGGAUAUUUAAGAAAAUACAAUAAAAUAUUGAAAAAGUUA